ACUCAUCAACAUAUUUCAUUUCCGGUAGAUUUAUGAAUGAACAUUUUCUCACGAUUUUCCGAGUCGUUUCUUUGUGUCACUUUUCAAAUCUGAUGACUUUACCACCAGAAAGGGAAACAUAAUGGCAUCAGGUGGUGAAGCCAGUUCAAAAAUGUCAAAGUCCAAACAGGAAGUGAAAGUAAAGCCUCGUCUGCUCUCUACCAGACAUCGUCUACAUAGGUCAUCUGUUCGGCCAUUCUUCUGCUGUGGCAGCCAACUUUCACUUAACAGUAUUACAGAGAUAAAAGAUCUGCCAGUGGAUAAAGGAAAAUCCAUUGAAGACGAUUAUGUUGACGUAUCAGAUUCGGACGACAUGCUUGAAGAUCUUGACAACCUACAUGUCUCACAUGCAGCUGUGAAAGUGGAGCUGCCCACUUGUACAAGAGGGGCAAACAGCAAGCGCAAAAAGCUGGGUAAUCAGACGAAUUCGCGUAAAAAGUUCUGGACUGUAAAGUUAAAGGGGAAACUAACUGUUUCAAAGAGGUCUCAUUUUGGGUCUGAUUCAAAGCUAAGUGCUACGCAAGUGGAAAAUGAAGGUGCUUCAUGUGUAUGCACAUCUUUAAAGUCCUUACAGUCAUUGCCGAGCGCAGACAGGGAGUUUCCACCAAAUACAGAUUCCAGAUGGUCUCUUUCUGGCUCUAGAGGAAAUGUGAUGCCAUCAGUUUCGAACAAUGUAGGUUUGGCUGUUGAUUUAGACAUUAGGCAAAGAUCAAGUAGGGAUAGACCUUUGCGGAAUUUCAAUCAACCACUACCAUUUAUACCAAAUUUCAACACCCUCUACCCAAUAAAUGACAUCGAUGAACAGCGUAUAGCGCAAAGAAGAUAUGAAAUGGAGCAUGGGAUAUAUGAAAGGGAAAAUGUAGAGGAUGUCUGGGUGCUUGGUUCACAACAAGAGACUGAAGCCAGUGAACCGAGUGGUGACACUGAAGGAAUUGGCCAGUACCCUUCGUAUGGUGCUAUGGGGCUUCUGUCUCGGGCUUGUCCAGGGCCAAGUCGCGAACGAGCUACAUGUAGUAGGCCGGGGCCUACUAGAAGUGUUGAGUGUUCAACCGUCAAUCUGAGUGCUCCACCCUGGGUGCGCAAUAUCCCACGACCAACAGGAGUACAUACACAAGUGGACUACAAGCAUUUCCUUGUCCCCGAUAUGGAUCGCAUAGUGAACUCAAGCUUCUACUGGGGUGUGAUGGAUCGCUACCAAGCAGAAAAGCUAAUUGAGAACAAACCGGAGGGCACUUUCCUUCUGAGGGAUAGUGCCCAGGAUGAGUUUUUGUUUUCUGUCAGCUUCAGGCGGUAUGGCAGAUCUCUUCAUGCAAGGAUUGAGCAGUGGAACCACAAGUUCAGUUUUGACUCACGAGACCCUGGUGUGUUUGCGGAUGACUCUGUGUGCGGUCUCAUUGAACACUACAAGGACCCGAGCUGUUGUAUGUUCUUUGAACCAAUGUUGACACUUCCCAUGCAUCGGAACUUUCCGUUUUCACUUCAGCAUGUAGCAAGGGCAGUUAUAAGCAGCCGAGUCUCCUACGACGGGAUCAACAAACUGCCUCUGCCAAUCAGCUUGAAGGAGUACCUUCAGUUCUACCAUUACAAACAGAAAGUCAGGGUGCGAAGAUUUGACACUGUUGUUGCUUAGAACGGGCGAAGUGCAAUCAAAUAUUUUUUUCUUGAUGCAAUGUCAGUUAUUUUGGUUACGGUAGUGAAUUCAUUAACAUUAUAUAUUCAUCACAAACUUGCAUACAUAUAUAUCUUGUGCUAGUAAGUUUAUAAUGUUGAAAUGCCAUAAUUAGAAGGAUUUUCCAUGUACAAAUAUGACAAAUUUAACACUCAAUUUAAUUAGCUCCUUAAUAAUCCUUAAUUGUUUUUACAAGACUUAAGGUUAAUUUUACAAGACUUAAGGUUAAUUUUACAAGACUUAAGUUUUUUUUACAAGACUAAAGGUUUAUUUCACCAGACUAAAGGUUUUUUACCAGACUAAAGGUUUAUUUCACCAGACUAAAGGUUUAUUUUACAAGACUAAAGGUUUAUUUUACAAGACAUUUUACAAGACUAAAGGUUUAUUUUAAAAGACUUAAGGUUUAUUUUACAAGACUAAAGGUUAAUUUUACAAGACUAAAGGUUUAUUUGACAAGACUUAAUGUUAAUUUUACAAGACUAAAGGUUUAUUUGACAAGACUAAAGGUUUAUUUCACCAGACUAAAGGGUUAUUUUACAAGACUAAAGGUUAAUUUUACAAGACUAAAGGUUUAUUUGACUAGACUAAAGGGUUAUUUACAAGACUAAAGGUUUAUUUUACUAGACUAAAGGGUUAUUUCACAAGACUAUAGGGUUAUUUACAAGACUAAAGGUUUAUUUCACCAGACUGACUAAAGGUUUAUUUCACCAGACUAAAGGUUAAUUUUACAAGACUAAAGGUUUAUUUGACUAGACUAAAGGGUUAUUUACAAGACUAAAGGUUUAUUUGACAAGACUAAAGCUUUAUUUUACUAAACUAAAGGGUUACAAUGUAUUUACAAGACUAAAGAUUUAUUUCACCAGACUUAAGGUUAAUUUUACAAGACUAAAGGGUUAUUUUACAAGAUUAAAGGAUUAUUUUACAAGACUAAAGGUGUAUUUCACCAGAUUAAAGGUUUAUUUUACAAGACUAAAGGUUUAUUUUACAAGACUAUUAAAAGAAGAUUUUCUAUUGUUCAGUAGCUUGGAAAUUCAUCACAGAGCUCAAGAUAGAUAAGGUUUUGGGUUAAAGGGCAUUCCCCCCUCCCCCCCAUAUUUCCCCCCGUUGUUGUGAUAUCCUCAGUAGAAGUUUAUAUUCCCAAAGAAUAUAUCACAUGCUAGAUCUACGCUUUACAUCAAAUGUUCUAUACAUGUAUUUUUAUUGUGACACCUGCAAAGCAUGUUAGAUGUAUUGACAUCUCUUAAGUCUUUCCGGGUGGCAUCUCACUUGCUUACAAUGAUAUCAAUAACUAACGAAUGACUUGUUGUAGUGAAAUUGAAUUUUGUAUACACAAUGGUCAUGGUCAGUAGGUGACCCUUAUGAUUUUGGGGUCAAAAUUGCAGUGACCUUUGUAUGAAAAAAACAUAACGUCUUGACCGUAGGUCUAUUUAUGCCGGACUGCUUUUAAUUUUGAGAUCAGUAGGUAGAUGUUGUAAUGACCUCUUGAUUUGAGGUCAGUGCAUGAAGGUCAAGGUCGUAUUGACUUUUACAUUAAGAGAGUACCGGUAUUACAUUUAACAAUGAUAGUGACACAAGCGAAUCAUUAAGGCAAACUUGUAUUUCAAGUAUAUUAAUUUUGAUUCAUAAACUGAACAUUUUGUCUUUGUAUUGGCUCUAAGACACCUUUGUUGCUAUUUAUUAAGUGUUUGUUAUGUUUGCCUUAGUGACUAUGCAUGCACAUAAUUUAUUGUAUGUUUUAUGAUAUAUAUAUAUAUAUAUAAUAUAUAUCUGAAAUAUAUAUAACCCAGCAUGCUUUUCAGUUUGUCGUAAGUAUUUAUGUCUCCCCCUCUCUGGGGGAGACAUAUUGUUUUUGCCCUGUCCGUCAGUCCGGUAGUCCGGUAGUCCGGUAGUCCGUCAGUCCGUCAGUCCGUCCGUACGUCACACUUCGUUUCCGAUCGAUAACUGGAAAACCGCAUGACCUAGGAUCACCAAACUUGGUAGGGAGGUUGGUCAUGAGGUGUAGAAGAUCCCUAUUGUUUUUGGGGUCACUAGGUCAAAGGUCAAGGUCGCGGCGACCCCCAAUGUAAAAAACAUUUCCGCUCAAUAUCUUGACAAUGGUUUGACCUAGGUUCACCAAACUUGGUAGGGAGGUUGGUCAUGAGGUGUAGAAGAUCCCUAUUGUUUUUGGGGUCACUAGGUCAAAGGUCAAGGUCGCGGCGACCCCCAAUGUAAAAAACAUUUCCGCUCAAUAUCUUGACAAUGGUUUGACCUAGGUUCACCAAACUUGGUAGGGAGGUUGGUCAUGAGGUGUAGAAGAUCCCUAUUGUUUUUGGGGUCACUAGGUCAAAGGUCAAGGUCGCGGCGACCCCCAAUGUAAAAAACAUUUCCGCUCAAUAUCUUGAGAAUGGUUUGCCUAGGUUCACCAAACUUGGUAGGGAGGUUGGUCGUGAGGUGUAGAGGAUCCCUAUUGUUUUUGGGGUCACUAGGUCAAAGGUCAAGGUCGCGGCGACCCCCAAUGUAAAAAACAUUUCCGCUCAAUAUCUUGAGAAUGGUUUGACCUAGGUUCACCAAACUUGGUAGGGAGGUUGGUCGUGAGGUGUAGAGGAUCCCUAUUGUUUUUGGGGUCACUAGGUCAAAGGUCAAGGUCGCGGCGACCCCCAAUGUAAAAAACAUUUCCGCUCAAUAUCUUGAGAAUGGUUUGACCUAGGUUCACCAAUCUUGGUAGGGAGGUUGGUCGUGAGGUGUAGAGUAUCCCUAUUGUUUUUGGGGUCACUAGGUCAAAGGUCAAGGUCACGGCGACCCCCAAUAUAAAAAACAUUUCUGCUCAAAAUCUUGAGAACGGUUUGACCUAGGUUCACCAAACUUGGUAGGGAGGUUGGUCAUGAGGUGUAGAAGAUCCCUAUUGUUUUUGGGGUCACUAGGUCAAAGGUCAAGGUCGCGGCGACCCCCAAUGUAAAAAACAUUUCCGCUCAAUAUCUUGAGAAUGGUUUGACCUAGGUUCACCAAACUUGGUAGGGAGGUUGAUCAUGAGGUUUAGAAAACUCCUAUAUUUUGGGGGGUCACAAGGUCAAAGGUCAACGUCGCUGUGACCUCUAAUGUAAAAAAAUAUUUCCGUGCAAUAUCAGGAGAAUGCUUUGAUCUAGGUUCACCAAACUUUGAAGUGAGGUUGGUCAUGAUGUCUAGUUGAUUUUGCAAUCAGUUGGUCAAAGGUCAAGGUCACUGACCUUGAGGUGAAGAACCGGUUUCUGCUCAAUAACUCAAGAACGUUUACACCCAGGAACUUCAUACUUGGUAUGCCAGUUAGUCAUGACUAGUUGAUGGCCCCUAUUGAUUUUGGGAUCCAUCAUUGAUUAUUUCUCACCUACGACCACACAAUGGGGGAGACAUGCGCUUUUUCAAAAAAGCAAUCUCUAGUUUUUUCAUAUUUUCGUGUAUUAGUUUUCUGGGCACAAUAAUUAUGCACUCGUGACUUGAGUUGGUAUUUGAAAAUCAGACUCGAAAUGCAAAUCUUUAAAUUCCGUAAGUUAUUUUGAUUAUAGGUAAUUUUUAACAUCAUAUGAGUAAGUAAUUGUAAAAAAUGGUAUUUACAACAUCAGUGAUUUUUCUUGGUGCAAUUUACUGCCUUCUAAAGGCUGUUUUCCCUUGUGAAUAAAUGUUCAUUUUCCCCCAAAAAAAUAUCCCAUAUUUGAUAAAUGCAGAUUAUGUUAAUGAAUACCUAAUGAAAAAAGCAAUGAAUUUUUAGAAAAAUAAACAAAAUCUUGACAAGACUAACUCUUUUACAGCAUAAUGUAUGCAUAAAAAGUGUAAACAUCACAUAUAUUUGCCAUUAUAUUAGCUAUUUUGGCCUGAUUUUGUAUUUUUCUCAAAGUUGACUAUUUUGCAAAACACAGGUAGUGAAAAUUAUUUCAAAAAAACAAAAUCACUGAACAUACAAGGCCAGUUUAACUGUAAUUGCUCUGUUAAUAAAGAUUGUAAGUAAAAUGCAGAUUUGCAGUUUCGUGUCCAGAGUCUUAAAUUCCGGCUGGAUACAUUUGUGAAAAGGUGCCCGGAACUCUUACACUAGAUCAUUGCAUAAAAACAUUUCAGCAAGUUCUGCCAUAUAUAAAAAAUUGAGAAUAUAUGUAUAAUUGAGAAUUUGACAGACCCAGAAAGCAUUUUAGCAGUGCGCGGCUUGCAAACUUGUGCUAAUUUUAAUCACAGAUGCAUAAGCAUGUACUUUGUUAGUUCCAAUUCUUGCUGUGAUUUAUUUUAUUAACAUAAUAAUGUAUACUUAAACUUUCUGUCCAGGUUUGUACAUUUUUCUGACUUAUUGCAGAUGUACAUUAUAAAUUGGUGCUAGUAUGAUAUUGCUAUUCAGGUGAGAGUUAUAUUUUUUGUUGCUCGGAUCUGCCAACUGGAUUUUUAUGCUAGUUUGUAAAAAAUAAAGAUAAUAAUCUGACUUGGAACAAAUUUAAUAUAAUCUUCCCUUUGUGCUGGACAAUGCUGCAAUUCAGUCUGAUAUCAAUUUUUUCAUCCGCUUUUUGAUAUAUUUCAAUCAGAACUUUCUAACAAAAUCAGAUAACUGUCAGUGAUGACUCUAAAAACUUUAAAACUUGAACAAACUUUGAAGGAAAACUUGCAUAAAAUCAAAACUAUUGAUUUUUUUAAUAUAUUAUUUCCUUAUCCCGAGACAAUAAUUUAUUUUAUUCUUUUUAAAGUCUGGGUUACCUAUAAUUUUAGAAACUCGCUAUUAAAGACUUGUUGUUAUUGGUGCUGACUUUGAAUUUAAAUGUCUUGAAAUUAAUGAAUUAAGUAUUAGAAGUUAAACCGUUUAAUUAUACACAUGUUAAUGAAACAGUAUGUGCAUUUGUUAUUUAAACUUAACGUUUAGAGGGUAGUGUGUAUAACCAUGUAGUCUAGUAGUUAUUGUGUUGUGUGUGCGUAUUUAUAUUUCUAACAUGAAAGUCUUUGUUUGAAACUGAUAUUACUGAAUAAGCAAAUGACUUAAGUAAAAAGUUGUAUAAUGUUUUUAGUCAAUUUAUGUAUUGACUUAAAAUUUAAAGAAAGGCUAUUAAUGAUAAAUUAAUUUCUUUAAAUUAAUGUUGUAAUUUAUUAACUACCAGUGUUAUACUUUAGAUGAAAAGUUUCUCGUGUAAAUUAUAUAUUGAAUGUUGCCGUAUUUUCUUGUUACAGUCUUCUGUGUUAAAGGAAUAAAGUUUUAAAUGGU